AUGGCUUUGAAACCGAUCACUGCAUCAACUUAUUUUCCCAUCAAACUCACACCAGAUAAGUUUCCGGUUUGGCGUCGACAAGUUGAGUCAACCCUAAUUGGGCUAGAACUUGAUGCAUUCAUCGUAGGAGAUCAGAAACCUCCCAAAAGCUUCCUUGAUGACAAAAAACAAAAUCCAGAAUUUUUUUCCUGGUAUCGUCUAAACCAACUUAUAAACAGUGCAAUCCAUGGAAGCUGCUCAGAUCCAAUUCAACCACUAAUCUCAUCGGCUACUACUUCUCGAGAUGCCUGGGAGCGACUAAACUUUAGCUUUGCAAGUGGGUCAUGGUCUCGCAUCAUCUCACUCAAAUCCAAGCUAAUCAAAAAUCCCAAAGGUAGCCGCUCAAUUUCAGAAUAUCUCCAAGACAUGAGGUCAAUUGCAGACGAACUCACUCAUUCCCAAAGCGCAGUUGCUGAAGAAGACCUCCUCGUACAUAUUUUGUCACAACUUGGUGAAGAAUACAACACUAUAUUCGUUGCUAUUAAGGUGCGUGAAAACUUGAGUUGUAUGAAACAAAUGUUGAAAAGGGCUUUGAUUAUUAAGUAUAUGGCUGGGAAGUCUAUUUAUAAGAUAGACUGUUGUUUGGAAUGA